UAUUACGAAAUAUCAAUUUAAGACAAACAAUCGUCAAGUAUCCGAAUAACUGAAAACAAACUUAAAUGUGACAUAUAUAAGAUACGUUUGUACGUCUAUAACAAAAUAUAAACUACAACUGAACAGUAAAUACCAAAAUAUGUACAUGCAGCUGGUCUAUGCCUCCGGGUCCGAGUCCGAAUCUGGAUCUGGCUGCUGCUGAUGAUGUGAUGCUCGAGGUAGUGGGAGCGGUAUGACAGGUAACCUCUCUCUCUCAUCUAUCCUACGCCUCCCGAAUCAACCAACCCACCAAAUCCAUAAGCCUGUCAACGUCGGCUCGUAAAUGCGGAUCUGCUGCAGCUCCCGGGGCAUGACCUGGAAUAACGUGUCGUGGAAACUGGGGCGCCCCGGGAGGUGGUGGUGGCUUGGCAUUGCUGGUCCGUCUAAAUCCAUAAGAGGGUCCUGCACGAUCGCUGCAACAUCUGGCGGAUGAUAAACUAGAUCGAAUUGCUCCGGUAGGUCUCGCGGAACCCAUAUCAGAACUCCACGGGUUUUAAACCGUUCGCCGAGGACGUCAAACCUCUUAUUCAGCUUCAUCCCCCGUAACGUCUGAAAACUCAUCCGCGUCGGCGCUAUGGGCGGCAGUAACUGUGGGUCCACCUCCGUUAAAUGGCCCAAUGAAUGGGCAAUGACUGUCACAUACGUGCCGCCAUGCAAAAUUCUACGCUCCUGCCAGUGAUGGGCGGAGGUGAAGUACUGGGCUAGACCGUGUGCAAGUGCGCACGACCUUCUGUACAACAAACAAUAAAAGAAAAAGACGUCGAUGCUCGUACACCACUCACGGUUGUGGCCGCGAGCUGUAAUAGAAGUAGAGAUCAUCCUAUGUAGUUACCUACAGAUAGUGUUAGCGAAAUACGGAAAUAAAUAAUAAUAAUAAUAAUAAUAAUAAUAAUAAUAAUAAUAAUAAUAAUAAUAAUAAUAAUAAUAAUCACAAUAAUUACUGUAAUAAACGUACGUACCUCUACAAUGGGCCAUCAACAUGCUCUCCUUCGCCUUGUCGUGCUCCCAAGUACCUGCCCCCGCAACCAUCUUACAAAACCUUAAAAGAGUGGGUCUAUCAACCACUAUUAGCCCCUGCAUAUAAAUGUCCGUAGCGAUCUCCUCCUACAAGUAUAAACUAUAAACCACUAUGAACCGCAAACUCAGCUAGCGUCAUCGAACGCCAAACACUAGCAAGCCUAAAUGAAACCUCAGGCGGAGGGGGGGGGGGGAAGCAUGUGGCUGUGCAGGCGGCUGGUCGGCCCGAGGAGGGUGAAAUGUGAAUGUCGAUAAAAACUUGAUCAGCAGUUCCUUGUAGCUCGGCGUGUGCGCUAACUCAAAAAGACGAUGCGACGACGAAUCCAGGGGAAUGAAAUAACGAAGUCUAGGCGUCUCACCAAUAGCCUCCAGUGCAUCCCAGUCGUCUGCGACAUGCGAUCCAACGUGCAUCCUCCUAAGCUUCCCGCAAAAACGGGCGGCGUCGGUGCCAGGAGUAAACUCCAGGUAUGGGUGACUGUGCAGCGGAUCCACCGGCGGUAAUUUGGAAAAAAAACUUGUAUCGUCGUUGUGAUCAAAAUCUAGAAAACAUUGGUUUGUAAUUUGAAAAAAAAAACUUAACGCCGGUAUGUUUUUUUUAACGACGGACUAUUUUACAAACAAAAUGGAAGAGUUCGGAUUAUUGUGGGUAAUUAACUGAGUUGUGAUUAUUAUCGUCUAAAAAGAGACGGUUCGAAUUAUUAAAAUCCAAUUUGCCUUUUUUUUAAAUAUUCAACAUAAAAAAUGAAAAAAAAAAACUAAUCAUAUAAGUGUUGUCCAUGGAUAACUAACUAAGCUAUGAUUAGUUAAAUUUGCAUAACAUGGAUAACUAACUAACUAAUGGCGGACGAAACCUCAAGCACUAAAUUGGCAAUUUAGUCUUUUUUUUUUUUUUUUAUUUUAAAUAAAAGUUAAUUAAUUGCAAACCAUAUGUUGUAAAUAUGAGAACUGGCCGAGUUACAUCAAUAUCAGGUAGGCGAGCAACAAGCUGCGCCGUUACCCUUUUCGGAAUGCAAACUCAAGCAUAUUAAAGACAAACCCCUGCCCCCCUGUUGAUGAGCAACUGCUGUUGACAACCUUUUGGACCCUAGUCAACAAACGGAUAGCUUCUGGAGCUAGGGAGCCAAAGUUGUCGAAGGCGAAUGGGACAAAUGCAUGUUGGUUAUCAGUACACGCUUUAGCGUGUUUAUCCACCUUUUUUGAUUCCGCUUUCCUUAUAGCUUGUCCUGCUACAAACCCGUUUUCCCUUAAACCAGCUAAGGGGGAGACUCCUGUGAAAUCCACACAAGCAUGUUUCCCUCCCGCCCAGUCAAAGACGAGUAGAUCCGCUGGUCUUAAUGUAGAUCUCCCUUCCAUGAGAUCUGUAAAGAAAUUCACAGGGGCCUCCUUCUUGGCAAAAAAACCGCUUAGUCUUUAAAUUAAUAUUACAAGUUUAGAAGUGUUGAAUUUUAAGAAAUAUUAAACUAGAUUAUUAGAAGUGUUGAAGUUUAAGAAAUAUUAGAGUAGAUAAAUAAUAAUAGUUUAUAAUAUAAUAUAGCAAACAGGACCCACGCCCUCUUUAUUCUGCUAAUAUGUGGACCAAGACCCAGUAAACUUUAAAGUUCAAAGUAAACGCCAAAGUCAACUGUUUGUAUUAUUAUUUAUGCACAUCCAACAAGCAAGUAUACUCAUCCAAUCCAAGCCCCCAAGGUUGAAUACAAUAUAGUAUAAACAACAAUAUAAAGGCUGAAAAGUGUGUUCUCUGUUUGCAUUUUAUAGUUUCUAAGGUGUUGAUUUCAUAAGCUCUUCGGCUAAUAAGGUCAUUUUUGUGUCUUAAUUAAAUUCUAGUUUAUAAUGGGAACCAGAAGACUCUGCUUUCAGAGUUUCUUCUUGAUAUCCUUUUACCUGAUCCUUAUUGGGCUUGAUAGUAUGUUGGUUUCGGGCCAAUGUCAAAUCAACCAACGGUCAAUUUUGAUUCAGUUAAAAAACAAACUCCAGUUUGAUUCUUCUCUUUCAACAAAACUUGUGUCUUGGAACCCAAAUGCCACAGAUUGCUGCGCCUGGGGAGGUGUAACUUGCAGCAGCAGUGGCCAGGUCAUCGGCCUAGAUUUAAGCAACGAAACGAUUUAUGUUGGAGUUGAUAAUUCCAAUGUUCUUUUCAAUCUUAAGAAUCUUGAAAGCCUGAAUCUUGCUGCAAAUAACUUCAAUUUCUCACAGAUUCCUUCAAGAUUUGGCAGUUUUGCAAGUUUGAAGUACUUAAACUUGUCGAAUUCUUUGUUUUCCGGUCAGAUUCCUGGAGAACUAUCGCAGCUGAAAAUGCUAGAAGUUCUUGACCUCUCUUCACUAUUCCCAUACGGAACUCGUUCAUUAAGACUUGAAAACCCGAAUCUUGCUAUGCUUGUUCAGAACCUCACACGGUUAAGAGGUCUGUAUCUGGAUACUGUGAACCUAUCUACACAAAAUUCUAAUUGGUGCCAGAGUUUAUCUUCAUCUCUACCUGAUUUGGAGGUUUUAAGCUUGUCAGAAUGUCAACUUUCAGGGCCUUUAGAUGAAUCCCUUGAGAAAUUGCAGUCACUUUCUGUAAUUCGUCUAGCUAUAAACAACCUAAGUGCACCAGUUCCUGAUUUCUUUGCAGAUUUGAAGAAUCUAACUAUUCUAAAUCUUGGCUCUUGUAAUUUGCUAGGAACAUUCCCCAGUAAGGUUCUUCAGUUGAAGAAGUUACAGAUUCUUGAUUUAGCUCUUAACGAGAACCUUUCCGGUUAUUUACCAGAUUUUCCUGUUAAUGGAUCCCUUAAAAGUUUAGUGCUAAGCCACACGAACUUUUCAGGUGGGAUACCGGAAUCUAUAGGAAAUCUAAGGAAUUUAUCAAAAAUUGACCUUUGGAACAACAAUUUUAGAGGGCGAAUACCAGAGUCUAUACAAAAUCUCACCCAACUGGAGUACAUAGAUUUGUCAUCAAACAACUUUACUGAGCAAAUUCCAUCAUUUCAAAUCUGCAAGAAUCUUGCCCAUGUUGAUUUGUCCCGUAACGGUUUAUCCGGUAUGAUUCCUUCUGCUCACUUUCAUGAUCUUCAAAAUCUUGUUUCUGUUGACUUAGGAUUUAAUGAUUUUAGUGGAAGUAUACCUUCAUCUUUGUUCACUUUGCAAAAGUUGCAAUGGAUACGUCUUUCCAAUAAUAAUUUUGAUGGUUUACUUCCUAAUUUCACUAACCCAUCCUUAUCUUUAUUGGGUACACUUGAUUUGAGUAGUAACAAACUGAAGGGAGAAAUUCCAAGAUCUAUCUUUGAACUUCAAAAGCUUAGUAUCUUGUUAUUAUCAUUAAAUAACCUGAGUGGGACCAUAAGAACCGAAGAUUUUCAAGAUCGUUUAACGACUCUUGAUCUUUCAUUUAAUAACUUUUCGAUCAAAACAAGCGAUAACACCACCCUUGUGAAUCGUCUUCCGAAAUUCUCGACCUUAAAGUUGGCCUCGUGCAAUCUUGUAAAGUUCCCUAAUCUAAAAAACCAAUCAAGAUUGGUGACUCUUGAUCUUUCCAACAACAAAAUUGAAGGAAAAAUACCAACAUGGAUAUGGGAAGUGGGGAAGGGAAGUCUUUCUCAAAUGAAUCUGUCUCAUAACCGGUUAACCAGCCUUGAAGAGCCUUAUAAUUUUCCAUAUCUUUAUGCACUUGACUUGCAUUCCAAUCAUCUCAGUGGAGUGAUUCCAAUUCCACCACAAAGCGCCACAAUCAUUGACUAUUCAAACAAUCUUUUCAACUCAUCAAUCCCCGAAAGCAUUGGGAAAAUCCUCAGCUAUGCAUAUUUCUUUUCUGUUUCUAACAAUAUGCUCACGGGGAUAAUCCCGGCAAGCAUAUGCAAUGCUACCUUCCUAAAGGUUCUUGAUAUGUCAAACAAUCAGUUAAACGGAAGCAUACCGAAAUGCUUGAUCGAAUUAGGCAGCAAUCUUGGUGUACUAAACUUGGGAAACAAUAGUCUUAGUGGUCGAAUUGAGGGAACGUUUCCUAGCAACUGCGCGUUGAACACUCUAGAUCUGCACGAAAAUCAUCUGGAAGGGAAUAUUCCAGAAUCUUUAGUCAAUUGCUCUAUGUUAGAAGUGUUAAACCUAGGAAAAAACCUGAUAAACGACACGUAUCCAUGUUCUUUGAGUAAAAAUACCAACCUGCGUGUUCUUGUUUUGCGAUCCAACAAGUUACAUGGACCAGUGGUUUGUGGCCAAAACCAACACUACAAAUGGUCAAAGCUUCAGAUUCUAGACAUGGCUCACAAUAGUUUUAGCGGUACAAUGCCAGCAGAUUUUUUCCGGCAAUGGGGUGCUAUGAUGACCGAUGAGAAUGGACAAACUAAGAAGCACAUUAGCUUUCCGGUUCUCAUGCUUAGCGAAUUGUACUAUCAAGAUUCUGUGAUACUCACGGUUAAAGGACUUGAGUUAGAGCUGGUCAAAAUCCUUGAACUCUUCACCUCCAUUGAUAUCUCAAGUAACCAUUUUUCAGGUGAAAUACCAGGCACAAUUGGUCAACUCAAAGCACUGUAUCUUCUCAACAUAUCACAUAACGAGUUCACCGGCUCUAUCCCACCAUCUAUUCGAAAUUUGAGUCACCUCGAAUCAUUAGACAUGUCUUCGAACAGAAUAACCGGAGACAUCCCAUCUGUGCUCACAAGCCUUCCAUUCCUUUCUUCCUUUAACUUGUCAUACAAUCAUUUGGAAGGAAAAAUCCCAACAGGCAACCAAUUUAAUACCUUUGAUGAGAGUUCCUAUAUUGGAAACAAGAGACUAUGCGGGUUUCCUUUGAGCAGAGAUUGCACAAAUUCAACUGUACCCGUAGCAAACUAUGCAAAGGAAUCCCAAGAAUCUGAUAACAAAAUUGAUUGGCAAUCCGUAUUGUAUGGAUUUGGAUUUGGGGCUGCUAUAUCCGUCAUGUUUUCUGUAUGGAAGGGAUAUUCUUCUGGUGCAAGUAGACAAUCAAACUUGUCAAGAAGAUCACUUUGGUCCUAGUUCUCCAUUUUGUGUGUUAAGGUUUAUACAAUGAAAAGGACAUCAAGAAGAACAAAAAAACAUCAGACAGAAAUGAAAAUUCUGCUGAACGCAAUACCUUUUAACUUGUAUGUAAUAUCAGACCCAAUGAGUAAAGUACGUAGUCUGUUUGUUUUCUGAAA